UCAUUAUUGGUUUAUCUCAGAAUCAACAAUAAUGAUUGUGAAGACUUUGCUUGUGAUGUUGGCUGUAAUCGUGGUGAUUAUGCCCGACGCUGAAGCUGGGUGCAAAAAAAGUUGUAGUUGCAGAUGGCUUUGUUAUGGAAAGAGAGAAGUGGUAGCUGAUGCUAAACCCGGUUGUGUUUGGCACUGUUCAUGUGGUUUUCAUUGCUCUUGGGGAAAGAGAGAGUCACAACAAGUAGACGACCCUUCUUCAGUCGAUGCCUCUCUUGAGCUUCCGUCGAAGAUGUCAGUUUACGAUGCCAACAAGGACGGUCGCAUUUCAUUCCAAGAGUUUGAGAAAGUUUUGCCGCAUCCAUUGCAGAGGCGUAGCGCGAAGAAAACGUUCAAUUCACUGGACAAAAAUGGAGACGGAUUCAUCACUUGUAAGGAGCUCGGACAGAUUGCACGAGGCGGAAAAGCCGAGUGUUAAGAAAAUAAAUUAAGACUGAAAAGAAUAAGUAAAAUGCAAUAGAUAAAACUAAAUUCUGGGGAAUUAAUGUACUGAGAAGAGGAAUAAAAGAAAAUAAAAUAACCUGUAAA